AUCUUAUCUCAUAACUCUCCGGUACACGUUUCUUAAGAAAUUGUUGUGCACAGCAUUAUUCUCUUCUGCUCCAGUGUUAACCUCAAGAAACAUGAACAAAAAAUUAGUGUGGGAAGAAAAGUUUAUUUUGUUAGGAUAAAUAAUAAGUAUAAAGACAUUUUGUUCAAAAGCGACGAUGAAUCUCCAGAUUUUUAAUAAAUUUUUGAGACGAAGCGUACAGCACAGCCGCUCUUUACUAAUUUUGCAGCAUAACGUCAUCAGAUGCGGUGCUGCUCAUUACACAGUGAAUUUUCAUCAUAAAUACAAAAAUGAUUCUUCGUACACCCUUUUUUCUAAGCAAUUACGACGAAAAGACUUGAGAGUUGAACCAGCAGUGCCUCUGUACAUGGAUUUCCAAAAAAGAUACAUAUCGAAUGAAGACAUUGUUAUAAAUAUUCCUAAGAAUAAACAGAAUAGAGCCCCAAUGGAAAGUACAGAUCCCGUUAAGCCUGACUUUGCUGGUAUACUUGAAAAAGAUGAGAGUAUAAUUACGGACGCGUUUGAAUGUCCCGAAUUUCUUGUUGAAUUUGCUCAAAGCAAAUCCGUAGUAUUUGUGCAAGAUAUACUUGUACUACUGCAUCAAGAAAUGGGUCUGCCUUGGUGGGCUACCAUAAUCCUUUCUACCAUUCUUAUCAGAACAACUUUGAUACUUCCAUUGGCUGUCAAUCAGAUGAGAAACAAAGCAAAACUGCAAAGAAUGGAGAACGACAUGAACGACUACAAGAAAAAAUUAAAAACAGAGUACAAAGAGUAUAAACGUCACUAUGGUUGGCCAGAUGAAUUAUUUGCGCAAAAAUAUACAUACCAUGUUAAUCUAAAAGAAAAAGAACUGUAUAAGAAAAACAAAAUUCAUCCCAACAAAGUACACUUUCUUGUGAUGGCUGAAGCAGGCAUUUGGCUCUACACUUCCCUAGCAAUCAGAAACUUAUGCCAUGCUCUGCCAUUAUCUGAUGGUGCUCAAGAGAUUUACAGAGAAAUGAGUUUUGAUGGUUUUGGAUGGAUUACAGAUCUAACAGUUGUUGAUCCAUACUCGAUUUUACCGUUUUUCGUGUGUUUUACAAACAUAUUUAUUAUUCAGGCUCAUAGACUAUUUCAUCCAAAUUGCUAUUCAUUUAAAAUGGGAAUUACGUAUAUUACUUGCCAGUUUGGUAAUAUGUUGAUGGUUCCAAUGAUGGUUUCAGCACCUGCUGCUAUCAAUAUUUACUGGCUAACUCAUAGCUUGUAUGGACUUCUUGAGGUUUACUUGUUGCACUCACCCUUUGUUUUACGUCUCUUAAGGACGCCACCUCUCGAUUCCAAGGAACCCUACCGUUUCUUCUACAAACUAUGGAAAAGCAAUAUAAAGGAGGCUGAAUGAA